AAAGGCAAGCGAGCUGCGGAGGCCCACCGAAAGAUAUGCGGCGUAUCCGUAUACGGGGACGAUGCCUUAACAGAACGCGCCGCUCAGAAAUGGUUUGCCAAAUUUCGUUCCGGAGAUACGAGCCUUGAAGAUGGACCCCGCAGCAGUCGGCCCACUGAGGUUAAUUCGAAUGAUAUCAAGGCACUAGUUGAGCAAGACCGGACGCUAAAGGUGCGAGAGAUUGCGGAGACACUUAAAAUAGGUUAUGGAACCGUUCAAAAGCAUUUGCAACAGCUUGGCUACAUGUCCCGCCUCGAUGUUUGGGUGCCGCACAAGCUGACCGAGGAGAACCUGGCCAAUCAUAUAUCCAUCUGCAAUUCACUUCUGAAGCGGCACGAAAGCGACCCGUUUCUCAAACGAAUAGUGACUGGCGACGAAAACGAGAAAAAUGAAGUUGCACAACGAUUGGAGUCCUAUGUCCGGGUUUUACUAUGUUUCGACCCACUGUGUGCCGCCCCGAAGGCCGGCCUGCAUCCGAAGAAGAUUUUGCUAUUCAUAUGGUGGGAUUAUCGUGGUGUGCUGUUUUAUGAGCUGCUUCCUCAGGGAAAAACGAUCGAUUCGAAGGUCUACUACACGCAGCUAACGAAAUUGAAUCAAGCAUUGCGACCGAAACGUCCAGAACUGGUCAAUCGCAAAGGUGUCAUAUUCCACCAUGACAACGCCAGACCCCACACCGCAAUAAUCACUCAGCAAAAAUUAAUGCAACUUGGCUAG